AUGCUGCGCUUGACACAAUCUCAAGUGGAAGCGGCGGAGCGCGAGCUCUAUACUAAUUGCAAAGCCCGCUUCCAGGAAUCAGCAUGUGUUGACAUAGACUGCCUUACCUUCGAAAAAGGCUUCCGUCGGCAGAUGAACGAUCGUCAAAACAUUACUCGACUGAGACGAAUUAUUAAGACCCAGGGUUGUCGCCGUUUGCCACCGGAGUAUCAUGUGCCGGUUUUGAUCGACCCUAACGACUGGCAAAACCGUGUACGACUGCGGAGAACAGAAGAUAGUCUUCCUCAAUUGGAUGUAGACAUUGGCUAUCAGCUUCGCGCCCAAGAUCAUGAAAACCUCAUUACUGCAGCUCGCAAGUCUCUUGGGCCGGGCAACAGGUGGUGGGUGGUCGAUGUCUACGUGUCCGAACAAACAGGUAAUGGGACAAAUAGCGACGCGUUGCUUCAAGACAACUUCAUUCGCUCCCUCCGAGAACGAUUUCCUAAUGACCGUCGGCCUGCGGAUGGACUAAUUUAUCAGCGAAUUCGUUACUACGAAGGGCAUCUGGGGAGCCCUCGGAAUAGCCUAGCAGCAAGCGACUGGUGGGCUGUUCUGGAGAGGGUUUCCGGAAGCAAAAAGGGCCGAUAUCUGAAAUCAUUUUUAAAGCAUCCACGACUUCCUGACGCCUUCGAUAAGCUGCUUCCUAUUGAAGGCUUGUGGGAAGGCAUGAGGAUUGGGUUACUCCACAAGUUGAAGGCAAUGCGGUGUGACGAGCCAAUACUCUGCUACUUGAACCUUAUUCGAGAGACAUUUCUUCAUUUGAUGGGUGGGAAUACUAACCUUUUGUCACUUGUUGAUGGAGUCACCGUCAAAUUGCUCAAGUCUCGUGCCCCCAAAAUAUCCGAGAGAGACUUAAAAUUUUUGGAGGUCCGUAUGAAUCCCGAGAUCUAUGAUACCGGUUUGGAGACUUCGGAAACUGGCGCGAAAAACGAGCAGAUUUUCCCGGAUAUUGACGACCUGGACUUACGUCGCAACAUUUGGGAACGGCUGAAAAACAUCGACUACCCUAUUCCAACCCUGGAGACCUUUUUCAAGGACAGGCUUUGGCUGGAAGUUGGUCAGAACGUAAUGCAGGAGCUUUUUGUACCGGACCCGGACCCGGAUCAAAGAGUUACCAUCGAUGAAGGGAUUGGUGGGCUGUACAACGUUAAUAUUCCAAUGACUAUCCCGUAUCGGCAGGAUCGUAUCCGGGACGAGCUCUAUGAACUCUGGCGCUUCAGUCUUCAGUACGGGUUUGAAAUGACCGGCCCGGGGUAUCAACGCCGCCUACCGCGGAGGGCGCGUAGAAAUCAGCGCCAGCCAAUCCCGGGGCUUUCUUCGAGACAAAGCGGACUUGAUCAAUCCGUUCUUUGGCAACAUUUAUUUUGGCUGGCUAGAGAGCAAAAUUUCAAUAUUCCUAUCGCCGAGGGAAUCUCAACCGAACCUGCCGAGCUCCCUUCAGUUGUGGCGUGUGAUUACCCCCAAGGGAGUGAAGAAGAUGUGGCUGUAGGCAGAAGACACGGAAAGCCAUAUACCGACUCGGCUGAAGCAGACCGUUAUGCUUUAUCGCGAGAGUCUUUGGCAGAAACCUGGGCCGUAAAACGAAAUACAGCAAGUUCAAUCACCGCAGGCUUCGUGCGACGUUCCGUUUUCGAGGCAUUUUUCAGCUAUCUCAAAGGAGGUUCAUCUGAAUGGCCUACGGUAGACUCUACUCCUGGACCAGGGGUUACUCCUGUGGUUGAGGAAAAUAUGGCGAUUGACGAAUCCCUUACUCACAUUUUUUUUGAGAAUGACAUAGGCUCUGCACCCUCUGCCGCUCCUGCCCCGUCAGGGGAACAAUUUGAGGCUCCAACGGCCAUGCAAUUCGGAAACUUUAAACCAAGCCACAUAAACAUGAAAUUCUUCUUCCUUGACCAGCCGGCUAAAGAACGAAGAUUGCCAUUCCAUAACCCAUCUUUUUUGAAUUCGUUUUUCGAAAAAUUAUCGACAAAGUUCAAUAUAUCCAAUCCGGAGCGCAACAACCGCACACUACCAGGCAGUUCCUGUUACGAACACUAUGACAUCAGUCCAUUCACUCCAUUACAUGCUACAUGGCGAUACUAUGCCCCCACAGGGUCAGAAGAGCCAGAAGAAGUUAAUCGCAAAAGAAGGCGCGAAGGUGGAUUGGAUGAACUGAAUGAGGCUACAACAUGGCUGGAAAAUGAGCUCAGAGAGCUUCAAGGAAAUUCAAGUGCUACCAAUUUCCAAGCCCCUACGGUUGUUGAAGAAGAGUACUAA